AUGGUUUCUAGCAGUAGGGAGCUAGAUAACUGUGCCGAUGCCUCCAAGCUUUCUGCGAGUCAGGACAUCACCAUGGGGAAUAUCGUCUCAGUUGAAAGAGAAUCACAACACCUCUUUUCUGAGACUGUUUCUUCCGUCAGUUCUCUUUCGGAUAUUGACGAUGAAGAAACAGAUGAAUUUCGCCACACUAUUUUCAAGCCAAUCAAGAUUCAUACAGCAAAGUGUGACGUUUGCAACCUGCAUAAUAAAUGCACUCUGCGACGUUGUAUAGAUUGUGGUUGGCAGAUUUGUACUCCUUGUUGGAUUGUCAGAGGUGGAAAUGGCACACAUGGAGUGUCUCGUAAAUUUAACGGGCCAGUCUUUGAUCCCAAUGCACCCGCAUCUAACGAAAGAGAACAUGGCAAAAGAGCUUCCGACAAAACUUCCCAGUCUUUUUUUGAAGAGGUCGAUCCAGCAGUAUCAAAGUCCAAGGUCAAAAUCGAAGAUCAAGAAAACAAGUCUGCCAUACCAACGCGUGAGCACAAUACAAAUGUAUCUGGAUACCGUGUCCCUACAAAAGGCAAAGCGAGGGAUAAGGUGAACGAUAUAAAGACAAAUCAACGUAGGCAGGUUGAGAAACAACCAGCUCAAAAGUGGCCACUCGCAAAGCAGAAAAGAAAUAAUGUCAAUAAAUCAAACGCCUCCUAUAGGGUGCCUAGAAAUGGCAAUGCAAUGCGGGAUUCACGAGAAAUGUCCCCAGAUGACCCAAACAACCCCAUGUUUUGGCUUUGCGUUGCUGCACAAGAAGUCUUGGAUCAAGCGGAGGAGGAGGUAGUGGACACCCAAGAACUACAACGAGAAGACCUACCUAUGCUAUCUCAAGGAGUCUCCAACGCCCCAACAUGGACUGCUAUCAAUCGGCCUACCGUUCGAUCACCCCUUUUCGUCCCCAUGGAUAUUGCAGAUCAAAAUAGUCAACAGCCACUCUCCCGACAUCCUUUCUAUCAGCACGGAGUUGUCCCACGGCACCCGAACAUUCCGCCAAACAUAUUCUUACGGUAUCAAAAUCGUCUAACCAGACGUGCCGGGCUAGAAAGUACCGACGCAGGCAUCGGGCGGAGAGCGACACCCGCUUCCCAAAUACCCACCGCCAAUCCUGAAUGGGGUUUGACUGAAAAUGGGUCUUGUCGACUCAUUCAGCCUCCUUCCCAGUCUGCAUAUUCAAAUGCCUACAUAGGCCAAAUGUGGGAUGAGCCAUACGAAACUUUCUCAUCUGAUGUCCAGUUUCCAGACUACCCCCCACUAAACAAUGAAGUUCCAGAUGGCAGGGCACAAUGUAGUACCCGUGGCCGUCCUUGGGACCUUUGA